AAUAAACUGCAUCAAAAUAGCGAAAACAACUACAAAAGGUCAGGAAGUAAUGUGAAUUGACUUCAUGAAGUAAAACCGCUAACAUCACCGUUUUACAUAGUGUACGUGUCCGUUUAGCUCUGCUAGGAGUCGGCUAUGAGUUUUUAUUUUGACAGUUAUAACCGGAAGUGCAGUUUUUGUAACUUGUUUUAAUAGACGCUUGCAUAGCACGAACAGAAUGUAGCUGUAUCGGGUUCGGUUCAUAUCAAUCCAGCCAUUAAAAGUCCCUCUCUGUUUUUAUAUCGACGUGGUAAGUCGGGUUUGGACGAUGGGUGUUAUAAGGAUUGUCAGCAGAAACGAGUAACGUUUUUAAAAUGUCCAGCAUCCUCGAUGCGGCGUCCAAAGCGAGAUGGGACCGCACGGCUGCGGCGAAACGAGCCGUGUUUCUUGCGGCUGCUGCUUACGGUGUCAAAACUCUAUGCCCCAUUAUUUACAAGCAGCUCUGCAAAAACAGAAAUCCCAGGAAUAACCCAGAUGUUUCAAAGGCGAAGAAUGGCUCGGUUUGGUCGGGAAAAUCACAGAUAGAUGCAGUGGAUCAUAAGAAAAUAUCCCCAGGGGUAAAUGCAGCAUUUUUCAAGCAGAUCCUCGAACUCGGUAAAAUCCUCUUCCCAAACCUCGUGUCCAAAGAGCUCGGUUUGCUCUCCUUGCACUCUGUGGCGCUGAUAUCCAGGACGUUUCUGUCUAUAUAUGUGGCCAGCUUAGAUGGCAAGAUUGUCAAAACGAUCGUAGAGAAGAAACCCAAGAGAUUUAUCAUCCAGCUGGUGAAAUGGCUCCUCAUUGCCAUCCCGGCCACGUUCGUCAACAGCGUCAUCCGGUACCUGGAGUGCAAACUGGCUCUGGCUUUCCGCACCCGGCUGGUGAACCAUGCCUACCGGACCUACUUCACGGAUCAGACCUACUACAAAGUCAGCAACAUGGAUGGGAGGCUUGCCAACCCGGACCAGUCCCUCACCGAGGACGUAAUGAUGUUUUCCCAGUCUGUUGCCCAUCUCUAUUCUAACCUCACAAAGCCUAUACUGGACGUGAUGCUGACCUCCUACACGCUGAUCCAGACCGCCAGGUCCAGGGGGGCCAACGCCACCGGACCGACCCUGCUGGCCGGGCUGGUAGUCUUUGCCACGGCUAUGGUCCUGCGUGCAUGCUCGCCCAGGUUUGGCAAACUGGUGGCCGAGGAGGCUCAUAGGAAGGGUUACCUACGCUAUGUGCACUCCAGGAUCAUUGCAAAUGCCGAGGAAAUUGCUUUUUACAGGGGACAUACGGUGGAGAUGUGUCAGCUGCAAAAGUGCUACCGGGCUCUGGCAGAUCAGAUGAACCUGAUCCUCUCCAAGCGCCUCUGGUACAUCAUGAUUGAGCAGUUCCUCAUGAAGUAUGUGUGGAGUGCCAGCGGGCUUGUAAUGGUGGCUGUGCCGAUCAUUACAGCCACUGGCUUCGCUGACAAUGAAACUGCAGAUGGCCAGACGCAUGUGCUGGUGAGUGAGAGGACAGAGGCCUUCACCACCGCGCGUAACCUCUUGGCCUCAGGAGCCGAUGCCAUCGAGAGGAUCAUGUCCUCCUACAAAGAGGUCACAGAGCUGGCAGGCUACACUGCAAGGGUCCACAACAUGUUCGUGGUGUUUGAGGAUGUCCAGAGGGGUGUUUACAAGCGCUCCUCUCUAUCAGCCAUGACAGGAGCAGAGAAAAAGAACAAACCUGAGAUGCACAUAGAUGGUCCACUGGAGAUAAAGGGUGAAGUGAUAGAUGUGGACAAAGGCAUUGUGUGUGAAAAUGUUCCAAUUAUCACUCCCAACGGGGACAUAGUAGUGACUUGCCUGAACUUUAAGGUAGAAGAGGGCAUGCACCUAUUGAUCACAGGGCCUAACGGCUGUGGCAAAAGCUCUCUCUUCCGGAUCCUCAGUGGCUUGUGGCCUGUCUAUGGUGGCCGGCUACACAAACCUUCUCCUCAACACAUGUUCUACAUCCCUCAGAGGCCAUACAUGUCCAUAGGUUCGCUGCGGGACCAAGUGAUCUACCCAGACUCUGUGGAGGACAUGGCUGCCAGGGGUCUGAAUGACAAGGACCUGGAAGCCAUCUUGGAUAUAGUCAGCCUCAAUCACAUAGUCACCAGAGAGGGAGGCUGGGAUACUGAGCUGGACUGGAAAGAUGUACUCUCAGGAGGGGAGAAGCAGAGGAUGGGCAUGGCUCGCAUGUUCUACCACAAACCUAAAUAUGCCCUAUUGGAUGAAUGUACCAGCGCUGUGAGCAUUGAUGUAGAGGGAAAGAUAUUCCAGGCUGCCAAGGAUGCUGGCAUCUCCCUGCUCUCCAUCACACACAGACCCUCCCUGUGGAAGUACCACACCCACCUGCUGCAGUUUGACGGGGAGGGAAGUUGGCGCUUCGAGCAGCUGGACACAGCAACCCGCCUCUCCCUCACGGAGGAGAAACAACGGCUGGAGGCCCAGCUGGCUGGCAUUCCCAAGAUGCAGCAUCGCCUCAAUGAGCUCUGCAAGAUCCUGGGAGACGAUUCGGUCCUCAGAACAGCCGAGGAGUGGGAGGGAGGGGGAAGAGGCUCAAAGGGGAAAAGAGAAAAGGGGGCAGGAGAAGAGACUGUGGGAAACAGAGAGGGAAUCAAAGGGGAUUUGCUUGUUUAGAUUUUUUUCAAGCCUCUCCCAUUAAUGUUAGCUAGUCUUUGCAUUCUCCUUUCUCCUGAAGUGAAGUGGAUUCACAAGUAUUAUUCCCCCCUUAUAGUGUGCUCACUAAGUUGUAGAUUUUAAAUGUUUGGUUAUAGCGCACAAACAAUUUUGCAGUUAGUUUGUCACAGUUGAAAGUGACAACACUGAUUAAACCGAAAUAAUUUGUUUGUUUUACAGCACUUUGCUUUUAGAGGACUUUUAAGGAAAACCUUUUAAAUGGAACCACUAUAUAAUGUUGAAACAGUAUUCCAUGCCUAGUAUGCUGGGUUGAGCAGGAUCCACAUAUGUUUUUAUUUAAUUUAAUGUGGCCUCUUAGUUUUUUGUAAUUUAAGAAUGUCACAAUAUGGCUUUGUUUAGUUUGUGUAUACAGCUGUAGUACAAUCCCUUUCCUUAUACCUCAUUCUAGCCCUUGUUAGGUUAUUGCUUACUAUCACAUGACUUGCAGGAAAAGAGCCAAUCUGAAGUCUGCUGUUAGAGCAAUUAGUGAUCCUGGUCUGACUCCAAAACUAUAGGCUUCUGGUUUAUUAAACAAAUACAAUGAGAUAAAGAGCCCCCCUUCAUAAAGGAGCAAAUGUAAGACUGUAGUUUGCUCUACAUGGUACAACAGGUAGACAUUCAGGCAUUACAACUGUCAGUUGCAUGUACAUGCACCGGCCACCUGUUGAUAGUGAACACACUGGUGUUGCGGAUGCCUGCUGGGACUCAUGUGCUGCUCAUCCUCUUUUGAGCCUAUUUAGAUGCACACAAUGGUUAGAGCCGUCAGUUGAGGUGGCGCCACAGAUGGCUGCCAUCGGUUCUGUACCGGAAACAAAUUCUUUGUUUGUAACAUACUUGGCCAAUAAAGGUGAUUAUCCUAUUAUCCUUAUCCACAUCACAUGAUGGUACUGGGUAAUGAGUUGAAACACUCUGCCAAUCAACAGCUUAUACAGUGAGAGUAGACUUCUUAUAAAUUUGAUAAAGUAAGAGAUACUUUAUAGUAGAUUAUACCUAAUUUGUGUACAGGUAUUUCAUAAUAGGGCUAAUAUAGAGCAGUAGAAAGAACAGAGGUCAGGGUUGUGCAUAGAUUACAGAUUUUAGAGUUGUGGGGAUUUCAUUUGUAGCUCAGAGACACUUUAGCGGGUUGUUUGCCUCUUGACCAUAACGUACUCCUGGUUUUUCAGCUGCCGUCAAAGUAGAUUGUUUUUCCACAUUCAGCCAGCAACUCAUCCGAAGUUGUUGUGAUACUGUGAAGUUAGUGAUUUUGGUACAUUAAUAUAAUUUUGUUGUUAUUAAAAAGUCACAAACGCUGUAUCCUUGUGGUGGUUUUAAGCAGUUUUUGUGGCAGCUUAGGUCAUUUCCCUUUUUUCUGUAUCUUAGCUGCAUGAAGAGGCUCAAGGACACAGACUUGGGCUGUCUUUUGCCUCUCAGAUUGUUCUGCCAUAAAUAGGAGAGGGGAUCAUAUGCCAUUCAUUUGUCAUCUUCAGAUUCCACCAUAAACAUAAGGAGUUUUAUACAUAUGUGGUUUAAUUCAGUCAUUUGGGCCUGAGGCUGAAAAAGCAAAAAAGCACACUAAAACAUUUACAUUUAGACCGCUUUUGUUGUGACUCUAAAACAUUUUCCUUCACCUUUAUUGUUUAUUAUGUGAAAUUCAUCAACGUGUGAGACCACACUAGAAAUGUGCAUAUGGUGAAAUCUGUAUGUAUUUGUAUGAGUGGUCCAGGUGUUGCACAAACACAGAAGACAAAGGACUUCUUGUGUUCUUAUUCUUACACUGUAUUGCAUACAAGGCUCAAUCCUUGUCAUUUCCAAGCCUGAGUGACUAGCACAGUGUAAUAAUAUCAGGUCAUCUCUGUCUCUGUUAACAUGCCUCUGUUUGGGGAGCAGCACCAUGUUGGUGUUGGCUCCUUGUUGCUGAGGAUGGACAAUCAGUCACAUCAUCAGCAGGAUACAAACAAGUGUACUGCUAUCCUUCAAACUACACCCCAUAGCUGGUUGUUUUCUGAAAAGAAAUAAGUAAAGGGAUUAUAGGUAUAAAGCCUAGCCUGCUAAUAUAAAUUGCUAAGAAACUUAAAAUGUAUAUUGUUGCAUAUGCAUGUUUAAGUUUAGCAAAUUCCUUUUGUUAUUCCGAGCUUUAACUGCAUCCAAUAUGUCUAAAUCGUUGAACCCUCCUCUUAUGGGACAGUUCAAAUAAAGGACUUUCCGAUGCUCGGGGUAAUGGCUGCUAGCUUACUGAAAGACAAACUUACCCUCAAAUGUGACUGCGGAAGAAAGUGAAUCAAUUAAACACUGAAAUGUCAAUGAAUUCCUUUAAUAUCUAAUGUAAUAAUAAACUAUGCUUGUCGAUGGUCUUGUAAUAUAAUCUGGACUGAAAAAAGUACACUUUUAUUUGGUAUGCAAGAGAGCAUCAUGGGCAUUACUGUAGGUCUUGAAAUGACACAGGAACCCUUUCAACAGCAUUAUGUGCUGGAGUUUCUGAAGAAGAGUAUGUUGUCUUUUCAGACUCUGUUGACAGACUGGCAGACACACCACUGUAUGACACAGAGUCUGCCAAGUGACAAUGAUACAUGAGGUCCGCUCCAGAGCAGAGAGUGCCAGAUAUUCAUAGGCAAUUAUCAUAGCUUCAAUAAUGAAGCCAGAAAUACUUUUAUUACAUUUUGAACAGAUUGGAUAAGACAUGAUGAGGUGUCUACUUCUCAGUAUGUUUGUGGUCCUGCAUACAUGAAUUUCAUCUCAAAAUGAUGUGUGUCACAGUAUUUAUUUCUUUAAAGUAGCUGUGAUGUAAUAUUUGAUAUGUAGAAGGUGACAGGUAAUGUUGUGUUCACAGUUUUGUUCCACUGUAUCUGAGUGGCCAAAAUUAGUCGAUUAUUAGUAAAUGCUUAUUUAUCUAUAUCACUAAUGGUACCUCAUCAUUUCUUGUCCAUUGAGGAAACAACUUACCAGUGAAAUCAGGCCUAUAGUGACCUACUACACUGUAUGACCCUUCUAUAUACUGUAAUGGCAUCCUCACUAACCAAACUUUGAUACUGAAACUUUCUUAUUGUCAUCCCUUUUGUAACUAAGAGAUUGAAUGUAUGAUAAAGCAAAUCCUAAGAUCAUGAAGACAAUGAAUACAUGUGGUCAGGUCAUACAAGUUUCUUUUUGGUUUCAUAAUUGAGAUUUUUAUUAUUGUGUUAACAGUGCAUGUAAUGUUACCUGAUUAGAAUCAUGCUGUGAGGUUUAAAAUGUGAUUUACUGUACAUGUGGUGGUGUGUGAACUGGGGUUAUGAAGAAGAAAAUUGCUUCUGAGUUUGAAAUUCCAUGUCAUUCCAGUGGUGUAGGAUAGUCAAAUCAAUAUUUAUUAAAACUUGAGCUAUGGAUCAGGCUGUCCUGGACCACAGAAACAACAUGCAGUGAUUUUCCCUCAAAGCCAGGGUUCACCGCAUUAGGGACUAGCUACAUAGUUACUUGUCAAACUUAUCAAAAAUUCCAUACAUAAGACUAGUUUAUAUUUUGAAUUCCUGUAAUAGUAGGCUUCCAUGUGCAUGUGUAGGAUCAGGUCUUUAACCUUAGAACCAAGAGAGGUACAUUAACAAAAGUCAUCUGUUUAAAAAUCAUGCGCUGUAGUCACUUUAUGUUAAAAGAUGAUGUAUUUUCUUGUAAAUAAAAUAAUA